CAAACUUGAUAUCAGUGAAGUGGAUGCUUUUCAACAAGCCGGCAUAUUUUCCGACCUCCACAACACUCUAAAAAUGGCUUCCAUUUCUCGCAUCUUUCGCACCUUCUUCUCCACUUCAGUCUCCAAAUCGCCGGCGAAAUCUUUCUCCGAUGACCUAUACAAGGAACACAAUCUCAAAAGGGUUGUUCAGAAAUUCAAAAAGUUAUCGGAAUCGCAUAUGUUCCGUAAACACGCCAAUGUCUACGGCAACACCGUCCGCCGUCUCGCCUCCGCCAAGAAAUUCAAUUGGAUCGAAGAAAUCCUCGAGGAUCAGAAACAAUACGAUGAGAUUUCCAAAGAAGGGUUUGCGGUCCGAUUGAUUUCGUUAUACGGGAAAUCCGGCAUGUUUGAUCAUGCCUUCAAGGUGUUCGACGAAAUGCCAGAGAGAAAAUGUCCACAAACUGUUAAAUCUUUUAAUGCACUUUUGGGGGCUUGUGUUAAUGCCAAGAAGUUUGAUAAACUUGAUGGGUUUUUCCGGGAUUUGCCGGAAAAACUCUCCAUUAAAUCGGAUAUUGUUUCGUAUAACACCGCGAUCAAGGCGUUUUGCGAGAUGGGUUCGUUCGAUUCGGCUGUUUCUCUGUUCGAUGAAGUCGAAAAGAAUGGUUUGAAGCCUGAUUUGAUCACUUUCAAUACGUUACUCAUCGGGUUAUAUGGAAACCGUAAGUUUGUCGACGGCGAGAGAUUCUGGGCGAAGAUGAGGAAUACGAGCAUUUCACCCGAUAUCCGAACUUACAACGCUCGAUUGGUUGGAUUAGUUGCGGAGAAGAAACUAUCAGAAGCCGUUGAAUUCUUUGGUGAAUUGGGUUUGAAAGAUCUCAAACCCGAUGAAUUCAGCUACAAUGCGAUAAUCCAAGGGUUUUGUAACGAUGGCAAUUUAGAACAAGCGAAGAACUGGUACGCAAACUUGAUGGAAAGUGAUUCAGCUCCUAAUAAGGCCACAUUUGCGAUUCUGAUUCGUUUCGUUUGUAAAACGGGCGAUAUCGAUUGGGCCGUUGAGCUUUUUAAGCAGGCGGUUCAAGAAAAGUGUCUUCUUGAUCCGAAUGUGAUGCAGCUCGUGAUCGAUGGAUUGGUGAAGGAGUCGAAAACCGAAGAAGCUAAGAAGCUUGUGGAUAUCGGGAACUCGAAUAAGUUUCGACGCUACAAUUUGAUCAUCCCUGCUGCUGAAGGUGAGUAAUGUAUGAACUUUCAGUUCUUGUUUUUAUGUAAUCUUUUCAAGAUUAUGAUGAAAAAAAAAGGAUUCUAAAAAGGGAUUUGAGGUUUGGGGUUUAGGGUUUAUGGUUUAUCUGAUUAGGGUGUUCUUGUUCUUAUAAUUUUGAUUAAAUCAAAAGAAUGAUAUAUCUUUUAGUUUUUA